CUUUCUAUAUAUACUAUCUCUCCUACACACUUGGAGACACAUCGCACACUCCCCAUCUUGUUUGAAAUUUCUACCAUUUUUGUGCUUCCUUCGGCUCAAAAGCUUCCUGCCCCUGCCUCAAAUUCAAGCUCCAUCUUUCAAUUUUCAGCUGCGGAUUUGUUUCCAUGCAAAGAAUACAAGGGAAGCUGCAACGUGUGGUGGGCGGCAUGCACUUCGUCUCCAGCCUUUAAGCUCUCAAGAGCUCGAAAUUUUAUAUUCACAAGUCAAAGUGGGGUUUUUGUGUUUAAAAUCUGUUUAGUUUGAGAAUUAUCAUGGAGAGUAAUAAUGGAACGAUGCAGCAUGGAGUGGAUACGAAUUCUACUAUCACCAUCAAGGGAAUUCUCAGUCUUUUAAUGCAGAACACUGACGAUAGAGACGAUAAGAGAGUUAUCUCUCUGGGUAUGGGUGACCCUUCUGCUUAUUCUUGCUUUCACACCACUCAUGUUGCUCCUGAAGCCGUUGUUGAUGCUCUUCAAUCUGAUAAAUUCAAUGGGUAUGCCCCCACCUCUGGUCUUCCUCAAACAAGAAGGGCUGUUGCUGAAUAUCUCUCCCGUGAUCUUCCGUACAAGUUAUCAUCGGAAGAUGUAUUUAUCACAUGUGGCUGCACGCAAGCCAUAGAUGUUGCGAUGGCAAUGCUUGUGCACCCAGGUGCGAAUAUUUUGCUUCCAAGGCCAGGCUUCCCAAUCUAUGAACUCAGUGCUGGUUUUAGACAUCUAGAGGUUCGCUAUUUUGAUCUUCUGCCUGAGAAGGGCUGGGAGGUUGAUCUUGAAGCUGUUGACGCUCUUGCAGAUCAAAACACUGUCGCAGUGGUGGUUAUAAACCCCGGAAAUCCUUGUGGAAAUGUAUAUUCUUACCAACAUUUGAAGAUGAUUGCAGAAACUGCAAACAAACUAAAUAUUCUUGUUAUUGCUGAUGAAGUUUAUGGCCACCUUGCUUUUGGGAGUAAGCCAUUUGUACCAAUGGGAGUUUUUGGCUCAAUCGUUCCUGUUCUUACUCUUGGAUCUUUAUCAAAGAGGUGGAUUGUACCAGGAUGGCGGCUUGGUUGGUUUGUUACAAGUGAUCCUAGCGGAAUGUUUAGAAAACCAAAGGUUGUUGAGCGUAUCAAGAAGUACUUUGAUCUUCUGGGAGGCCCUGCAACCUUCAUUCAGGCAGCUGUUCCUCGCAUCAUUGAGCAAACUGAUGAGGUUUUCUUCCGGGAAACUAUAAAUGUACUGAAGAAUAGCUCAGACAUCUGCUACAAAUGGAUAAAGGAGAUUCCUUGCAUUACUUGCCCCUACAAACCAGAGGGAUCAAUGGCUGUAAUGGUGAAACUUAAUGUGUCAUCCCUUGACGAUAUCAGUGAUGAUAUCGAUUUCUGUUUCAAGCUGGCAAAAGAGGAAUCUGUUAUCAUUCUUCCUGGAACUGCCGUUGGGCUAAAAAAUUGGCUCCGAAUAACCUUUGCUGUUGAUCAGUUCUCCCUAGAGGAAGCACUAGCCAGGGUGAAAAUUUUCUGUGAAAGGCAUGCCAAGCAAUUGGAAGUAUAUUAGAAAGCUUAAGUCAGUCAAUCAGGCAGCUUUUAAUAAACCUAUGCUGAUUACUUGUGGUGGCAUAGUUGUUACCAAGAAUAACCUCAUUUAUCCAGUGGGUUCAUUUGUGUUGUUAUGUAUGUGGGUCUGUAAAUAAUAUUUAAACAAAAACCAAUCAGAUAUCAAAUCUGAUAUUUAUCCUGCAAAAUUACUCUCAACUUUCAAAUUAUUUUCAGAGCAAUAUAAGAAAUAAAUUCCUGAAUGACAAAAGUUUGAUGGUGAA